CUCUCUCUCUCUCUCUCUCUCCUCGUAUAGCCAACGGGCGAUUCGCAUCGUCUGCAGUCAUCUUCUGUGCAGUUUGUCGUCGUAGAUUGUAGUCGUUAAGAAGCGUCGACGUCCUGAUUAGUCACCCAUCAACCACCACGACCUUCGGCCUCGCAACCUCAACUCCUGAACUCCCAUCGACCACCGACCUCGAACAGCCACCUACGACACCGCUCAACCAUGACCAGAGACACGUCUGCUGUGCUUCUUGUGCGCUCUCUCGGAGCCUCCUCAGCGUAGUGUCGACCCUCUGUCCCGAGCAUGGGCAAUGGAUAGCAGGAGAAUGCGGGGAGCAAGACGGCCACUGCAUAGCUAAGCUGAUAACCACCCAUCUGCUUGGGGCCCCCUUGAGCAAUCAUGCAGCAGACUCGUAAGUAAGCCCUUUCGCUCGCUCUGUCUUCUCUGCCUCCUUCAAUGGCUAUUGGCCUGCGCCAUGUAUUGCCCUGUUCUUCCCUGUCUACUGCGUUGUCUUUUCGUCUUGUUCGCCCUCGGGCCUCUGGUUGGGUGAAACGCGCUUGACAUCAUCUCACUCACCAGCUGUUGCAGCUAGUCCACACCCGAUGCGACAGGCCCCGCUAGGUCAAGGCCAGUCCCUGGCUCUCAGUAGUAGUAGUUCGACCCCUGACGAGCCGACAGCGGCAGUGGCAGCACCAGGAGCAGCAGCAGCCGCCGCAAUAGCAGGAUCAGGACUGGCGGCGCACACAACUGCCAUCCAUUCUCCCUCAGACAGAGCCGCUUCUGCGUCUGCUCCUCCUGCUGCUGGUGUUUCUGGCAUUUCUGCUGCCACGAGAAACCCACCUUCGUCAACGCCACACAGUCGAGAUGUUUCUAGUGCUCGAGGCCGGGCGGGAGAUGCGACUUCGGCAACUGGAUUUGGCCUUGCUUCUUCUCUACAACUACACCCCCAGCUACGCAACCAGUCUCACUCGAAGAGUCCGGAGCCGUUGAGCGAGCGAGAACGGCCCGGCGGCGUUGCGUCUGAUAGCACUGAAAGCCUAGAAAGACGGCCGUCGAACUCGUACGGCCAUCACCGUCAGGCCUCUAUCGUCCACGGCAACAUUCAACACUCGAGAGGACCUAGUUUUGCCAAUUCGCAAGUCACCUCUAGCCCUCUCAGUCCCGAGAUGAUCUCGGCAGCUGGAUUCACGCCGUCUCUGAACGAAUCUAAGCUUAACGGCGGUUCUCGAGAGAAUGGAGACUACUCGUCUUCCAACUUUGUAUCCUCUGCCGGCGGCGUGGGGAAUAUUCUUCAGGCCUCCCCUCUGUCGUUGAUACAGGAUACUGUGAGGCCAGAUGGCUUGGAACGCCAACACUCCCAUCGUCGAGCUGUUACAACGGGUAAACUACGCAGGGAAAAUUCUCACUCGAAAACUCGGUCUGGUCAUACAAACCAGGAAGCAAAGACAGUGGGAGAGUAUGCUCUCCAUCACCUUUUUAAUUCUUUCGUGGGCCAAGCGGAGGAAAAGAUCAACAAAUGUAUCAUGAGCCUAGGGGAGUUUGAGGCGCCAGUAGAACAAGUAUGCGGUCCUGGUGCGGACCCAACCUUUGAUCAACUUAUAGCUGCCCUCGGUCAUAUUGCGAAACAGAAACCAAAACCACUUAUCGACACGAUCAUGGUAUGGAGAAAGUCAAAGGGUGAUGCUGCUGCUACCGCAAAGCAAGGCUGGGUUCAGCCUAAACCUCCACCACAAAUAUCGGCGACCAUAAUCCGACGCAACACAGAACCUCCACAGCCUGGAGCAGACGCACCAGACGCUGGGUCCCCACCUCCAUCCAUUCCCAUCAUUAACCGACAGGAAGACAUACUCAUGACCGAACGACGGGCAACGGUCUCCGUCUAUCUUGUCUGUCGAGUCCUUAUUGAAAUAUUCAAUCAAAGUUCUAUCAAUGCGAUUACACAGGAAAUGGCCAGCCGGCUGGAGGACAUUGUGUUUGGACAGCUGAAAGCGGUUGAUCCGGAACAAAUUGCUGCAUCACCACUGAGAAUGGCUAAUUGGCGCAUCUAUGGUCAAUUACUCGGUAUCAUGAGUGAAAACAACUUCUCCAGUGUUUCCAAUCAGUACCUUACUGAACUGGCUCAAUACCAACGAGAGGAGGGACGGAUAACUGCUAUCAAAGAGGCCGAGACUAGAGCCGAGUUAUUAAUUUAUGGAAUGCGACACCUUCGGCUUCGAGUUUACCCUGAUGAGAGAUGGGUAAAGACCUGUGAUUUUUUACAAUCACUUGCUAGGCUGUUCAGUGAUGCACACGGCCAACGGCUGAAACAAGCAUACUGUCAGAUACUCGAGACUUUUCUGCUUCCUAUCGCCGCCAAUCCUGGUUGUGACCUGUCCUCGCCCAAAUGGAAGGAAUUCCUAGAGAUCCUUGUGCCUCGUCUAUCUCAAGUUCUUAUCAAACCUCGGCAUUGGAAUAGCGCUUUCCCUCUUCAUAUCCUCCUCCUAUGUGUAUCACCUCGAGACACGUUCCUCUCUCAAUGGAUGCCCACUGUGAAUGCUCUUUCGCCGAAGCUGAAAGAGCGCCCCACUAGAGCAGCCGCACUUCAGGCCAUAUGCAGAUUACUCUGGACCUAUUUGUAUCGCUAUGCCGACCCGCUAAGCAAUCCUCUCCGUAAAACGGAAGAGGUGAUUCGAAUUGUUCUUCCGGGUGGUAGACGAACCUAUCUCACCACCGAGCCUACAGUUGCAGAACCAAUCACCCAGUUAGUACGCAUGAUUGGAUUCAAACAUCCAGAGAUGUGUUUCCGUUCCAUCAUAUUCCCUCUAGUCAAUUCUGAUCUAUUUGCAUCCGGCAAGGACUUGAAAAUCGAGCAUAUGGAACCAGAAAAGAUGGUCAUCGGCAUCCGUUCAUUCCUGGCGAUCAUGGCUGAUAUCGAAAAUGGUGGAGGGACACCUCCUCCUUUUCCCCAAGAAUUUGCAAUCACGGAGCAAAACCCCAUCUCCCCUUUCGCUCCUCAAGCGUCUAUCCCCGAGCCACAAUAUACCACAGCAUCAACCCCUAAAUCCCAACCCUCUCCGAUCCCAUUUAACCCAUCUAAGUUGAAUGAUAGCACGCGAAAAUACUACCUACGUUUCUGUGAAAUAUUAGGAAAGAUCACAAUAUUAUGUGACAACACCUUUGGGGGACAAGCAGCUCUCGAUGAAAAAUUUGGCGGUGUUACGCCUAAAACUCCCAUAACAGAACAUUUCACCUUCGGACGACGCGAUGACCAUGCGAGCACUCCUGACCAAAAGCAAGGCUUUUACGAUCUUCUACAUGUUGCUGUUCAGGCGCUUCCCCGCUGCCUUUCGGAUCAUAUACCAUUCAAUUCCCUUAUUAACCUACUUUGCACCGGAACUGCACAUGUACAGUCUAAUAUUGCAGCGUCGUCUGCAGAAUCACUCAAGUCGAUUGCUCGCCAAUCAUAUGCUCAGCACGUUGCUAUCGGAUUUGCUCGGUUCAUAUUCAAUUUUGACGCCAGGUAUUCAACAAUGUCCGAUGAGGGAAUGCUGGGUCCUGGCCAUAUUGAAUCAACAUUACAGUUAUACGUUCAACUUAUACAAAUAUGGAUCGAGGAAAUUAGGCAGAAAACCAAAGAUGCCACCUUUGAUUUGGCUGAGAAGGCUGGCACAGGUGCCCGAGGACUUCAGCUCGACCUCUCUGGCGUCCUUGCUCAUGUGGAGGAGAUCGAAUCCCAUGGUCUGUUCUUUUUAUGUUCUCAGUCUAGGAUUGUUCGGGCAUUUGCUAUCACCGUUCUUCGCCUUGUGACGGAAUUCGACACGGCACUAGGAAAGAGCAAUACCCGGAUUAUCCGCAUAAUGGAAGGUGAUUCACGACGAGUUUUAGACUUAAAGGAUGAGUCCCUGACCGUUGCUGAAAGAAGCAGGCUACAAAAGGGCAGGCAAGAAAAUACAGCUCACAACACCCUUAUUGAACUGUGCAGUAGCGAAGUGUCAUACGACUCCACUUUGUGGGCUAAAGUGUUUCCGAAUCUCAUUCGUAUCAGUUUCGAUACUUGCCCAUUUGCCGUCACUCUUGGGCGUGAAAUCGUUUGUGCUAGAUUGGUUCACAUGCACAAACAAAUUACACAUAUAGCUGAAGGGCCCCCGCCUAUACAAAUAAAUUCUCCUGACCAUAUUCCCACGCGUCCGAUUAUUUUACGAAACGGAACGUCACCUGAAGUCAUGAUUGAACAGUGGAAACUAUAUCUUAUCAUGGCUUGCACUACGUUGAACAGUGCUGGUGCGCAGUCUCAAAGCCAGUUGGCAAAUGCACAGCACGCUCGGAAGGCCUCCAAGUCUGGACAACAAAAUCAGGAUAAGAUUAACUCGGCAAGGUCCCUUUUCGCAUUCGUGAUUCCGCUUCUCUCUGCCCCCCAUGAUUCCAUCAGAAGUGCCAUUGUUGUUGCCCUAGGCUCUAUCAACAUUGCGUUGUACCGGACCCUCUUGGAAUCGUUGCAAUAUGCUGUAACUACUUGCAAGGAAGAGGCUAAAGUUCGCAUCGGGACUCACCUUCGCACCCCAAGCACACCAAGACGGAAUAGACGUACAGAUCUACUCAGAACGGAAGUGACCAAUGUGUAUAAAGCGACUUCGCAUUUUCUCAAAGAGCCGGAAGUUUCCAAUGACGACUGGAUACUUAAUAACAUGGUGACGUAUACCCGAGACCUUCGGAUAUUCCUUAGUGAUGUGGAAGUGCAAAAUGAUUUGGAGUUCCAAAAUCUUCGAUUUCACUUCUGCGGACUACUUGAACAGCUGUUCGAUGGUAUUAAACGGACAAAAGAACCUACUCGAUGGAUGCCAUUUGAAUCCAGGAAAUCCGCCUUCUCCCUCAUGGAAGACUGGUGUGGCUACUCUCCUAAUCAGAGCCAAAUAGCGGUUCGAGAGGAAAACAUGCGGAAGCUUACCAUUGCAAGGCAGAGAGAGAAUGGGGAGGUUCGUAGUACCGCUGCAAUGGAGAUUGAGAAAAGAAACCUACGUACUGCUGCGCUGAGUGCCAUGGCGUCUCUCUGCGGAGGCCCGAUACGCAUUUCGACUGAAAGCGGAGCCAUUCUUCAGUUCGAUAUUAGGCGUAUGCUUUCAUGGAUCGACAUUAUCCUCAACACUGAAAGCGACAAGUUACAUACCAUUGGUCGACGAGCAUUAAAGAAUCUGAUCGUUCACAACAAAACCCUCCCGUACUUACUUGAGCAAUGUAUCGAGAUGUGUUACCUAUCGGAGCGACCCAAGGCUCUCGAAAGCUACUUUGAAGUUUUUUCCCAAGUUGUUGUGGAGGAAAGUGACUACCCGGUUGCAUUUUGGCGCAUACUAGGUGCCGUCUUGUUCACUCUCGGGAACUCUAAAAGGGAGAUCCGCAUGAAAUCCGCUCGCUUACUGAGAACAAUUGAAGAGCGAGAACAGAAAAACUCGAAAUUACAGGAUUUCGACAUCAGUAUCUCUGAUAGGACAACUGCUGUUUAUAAGCUUGCUCAAUUCGAGACUUCGAAACGACUUGCACAGCAACAUGCUGAUUUGGCGUUCAUCAUUUUUUCAGAGUUCUCCCUGCACUUCAAAAAUAUCCAGCCGGAUACACAGCGUAAUAUGGUUGCUGCAAUUCUCCCUUGGAUCCAAGCGAUCGAGCUUCAACUAGAUCCGAAUGGUGGUCCGACUUCAAGAUCAUACAUGCUACUAUCCAACCUUUUUGAAAUCACCAUUCGGUCUGGGACUGUGCUACCAAACGAGGUUCAGGCUCUUUGGCAAGCUCUUGCAACCGGCCCCCAUGCUGGCAAUGUGCAGCUGGUUCUUGACUUUAUUAUCAAUCUUUGCUUAGAGAGGAGGGAACAAAAUUUCGUCGAUUAUGCUAAACAAAUAGUUGUUUUCCUAGCCUCGACUCCAGCCGGUUCCAAGGUAAUCGAGUUCUUCUUACUUCAAGUCGUACCGAAAAACAUGGUACACGAGCGGCGUGAGCCGCUUCCCGCUCCGUCUGAUCUGUCAAGCCUGCCAUACGUUGCGGACCUGGGUACCAUUUUACCCGUCGGGAACAAGCAGGUUGGCUUAUCUUUGGGACAGGUGUCCAUGAUAUUCCUUGUCGAUUUGAUGGUUGCACCAGUGAGCAUCGGAUUUGAGAGUGUAAUCAAACUAAUCCAUGUUGCACUUAUAUUUUGGGACCACUAUACUUUGACCGUUAGAGAACAAGCUCGGGAAAUGCUGGUCCAUCUAAUUCAUGAGCUUGUCGCAUCGAAACUGGAAAAUGAGGUCGAAGGUGCCCAACGUCAAUCUAUCGAGGAUUUCGUGGAAUGCAUUAGGCAAAGUGAUUCUACUGUGGUUUGGGAGUAUGAGGACAACAAUGGAAAGGAUGAGAAAGCAGCAGGCACAAGGGUGCCAUCGUCUAUGCAUCAUGUUGCCCACAGCGUAGCUGGAAUAUUUACCGCUGUUUACGAAGGGGUAAAUGACCACUGGUCUAGGGAAGCGUUGAACUGGGCCACUUCCUGUCCCGUUAGGCAUCUCGCCUGUCGGUCGUUUCAAGUAUUCAGAUGCAUAUCCACGUCUCUUGAUUCUCGUAUGCUUGCCGAUAUGCUUGCACGGUUAUCGAAUACCAUUGCCGAGGAAGAAACGGACUACCAGACUUUCUCGAUGGAAAUACUGACCACAUUAAAAGUCAUCAUCAGCUCCCUUGCCCCACAAGACCUCUUACGAUACCCUCAGCUGUUUUGGACUACCUGUGCUUGCCUUAACACAAUUCAUGAACGUGAAUUUAUGGAAAGUCUUGCUAUGCUUGAAAAGUACUUGGAUAAAAUAGAUCUUUCUGACGAGGGCGUGGCUGCCAAACUUUUAGAAAGUAAGCCGCCGAAAUGGGAGGGAGAAUUCUGCGGGAUUCAGGACCUAGUCUAUAAGGGAUUGAAAUCGUCGGAGUCCUUACACGAAACGCUCCGGAUGCUGAGAAGAUUAGCGGUAUUACCAAAUAAUGAUCUAAUUGGUGAUGGGAAUCGCUUGUUGUUUGCAGUCUGGGCAAACCUACCUGAACUGCUAAAUGAAUAUGAUCCUUCUAAGCCGUCAACCAAUAUCGAGAUUCAUGCGACUCUUCUCGCAAGCAUUGCUGACAAACAAGGCUACACUCAAUUGUCCAACAGUUUGUUAGCUCUCUCCCGAACACAAUAUCGGACAAGUGAUGAAUUUUUGGCUGUUAUUGUCAACUCAAUAUCGAUGUACUUUUUCCCAGGCCAGGAUGUGCAGAGCUUGGUAUUCUUGAUGGGCCUGCUAACUAACAACACGUCGUGGUUCCGAGUCAGCCUCAUGCGGAUUCUCAGUUCAGUUAUAUCGGAGAUUGACAUGCGUCGACCAGAUAUCUCCUGCCAUGGCCCUGACCUCAUAUCCCCCCUGCUUCGGCUUCUGCACUCAAACCUUUGCGCCCAGGCCCUUGGAGUUCUUGACCACAUUAUGACGGUUGCUGGCAACCCCAUGGAGCGUCACCACCUUCGAAUGAGUAUGGCUUCUUCGGCUUCAUCAAGAGCUAUCCGGAAGGAGUUUGAAGGGAUUCAGAGUUUAUAUGGCAUCCCUGAGCCCAACGGAUGGUCAAUCCCAAUCCCGGCUGUGCAGUCAAAUCUCACCAGAAACAUGUACAUGCCCUUUACAUCGAAUGAGUUUCCAGAUGCAAGCACACACUUAUACGACCAGCAUACGGCUCCUCUAUUACGAAAGUCUCUAGCUAGAACAGCCUCAUCGUCUUCGUUCCACAAUGGUUUCGCUGAUUCUAGGCUUCCUCUUACACGCACUGAUUCUAACAGUGUUGGUACCCCUUCUAUCCACCCUUCACCUCUAAGCACCACUUCUUCAUCUUCUAACCAGCCACGACGCGGAUCCCUCCACACCCGUUCAAUUACAUCACCAAGCAAUUAUUACCCGCAGUCUGGCAACAACAAUGGCAAUCCGGGUACUCCUGAGCCCGGUUAUAUCGGGCGAUCUUUCCUCUCCGAUGACGAUAUUGAGGAUGCGUUAUCGGACUCCGAAGAUCGCCUAACGCUUCAGUAUCCAUCAUCCUCUACCUCCCGUGCAGCCAUCAUUGGCAAUAGCAACCCCGAAGGCGGCUCCUUUUCUCUAGACACCAUGAUUCGAAGUGGUGUUCGCCGACUGACCGGUGGCAACAACGCGGGAAGAGACAGAGAUCGUCAACGCGAGCUAUUAAGAGCCCAACAACGGGCCAUUGUACAGUCAGCUACUUCUCCCAGAGUACCAAAAGUUCCUCCAGAAUAUCUAACAGGCGGAGCAAAUAACCCAACCUCACCCAACCAGUGAAACCAAGCAUCGAA